AUGGUCUCUGCCGCAGGGCACGGCGCUUUCGGCGGGAGCGGGAACGACAAGGUAGCUCACUGGGUGCAGUUCGUGGCGUCUGUGCAGGAUGCCCCAGCAGAUACUCACCCGCUCAUCUUCUACGCGGGCACGGCCCGGGCGCUUGCCGAGUUCAUUGGGUCAGUGGAGCCCACGGAUUACGCAGAAGAGAAGAUGCGUGAUUUUGUCAUCAGUAGCUUGCAAGUGAACGCUGUUCCUUUCGACCAGGACCAAGAUGAGCAAUGGGAAAACUUCAAGCUCAAACCUGCCCACAUCACCUUGGCCCUCAAGGUCCAAACGAAGGCGAUGCGUGAGUUCCCGUCGGGCUGCCCGGGCUCCAGCAGCGCCGCGGACCAGACUGCCCAGGCCAUUGCAGAGUGGGCCAAGGUGCAACACGCCAAGGCGGAGAAAGAAGCAAAGCGCGGGACGUCGAGCUUCAACUUGCAGGACAGGAUCGCUGAAGUGGGGCUCCGGUGCGUCCAAGGAUAUUUACUCCCCACAGAAGAGGCUCUGCUCCGAAUGGAGAAUCUCCCGUCGGCGAAGAUUGCCAGGGGUAAGGGCCGGAAAUGGGUGGGCUCCUCUGAGGGAGAAGAUCUGCUUGCGAACUUCCGCCCAGGCUUUUCGAAAACGCCUAAACUGGACGUCCUCGUGGGCAGCGGGACCAUCGGUGACAAAGAGCGGAUCGGCUUUAUGGGCUUCGCGAAUUUUCUCGGUCACCUCCACGAUUGGGGCACCAAAAUGGUUCUCUCCAAGGUGAUCACGCCCGUGCAGUACUGGGCGUACGAGAUGCAAUUAGGCCAGGGCGACCAGGUCGAGGUCUUGCUGUGCAGGCUGGAUCGUGACGUGCUGGAGGACGCCUCGCACAAGGUCAAGCAGCGCGCCGAGGAGGUCAACCGGGCCAACUCGAAGCAGACGAGCGGCCCGGCGUCAUCGCAGGGGUACGCGCCUUCGCAAGGAGGCAAGCCGGGAUCGCAGGGCAAGGGGGGCCAGAAGGGUGGCAAGCCAGACAAAGGCGGAAAGCAGAGCAAGCCCGCCAGGCCGGCCCCGACCACGCCCCAGCGCUCCAGGAGCCCGCCCAAAGGCAAGGGCGCAGCUUCUGCGCAGUGGCACACCAAAGGCCAGGAGAAGAAGUGGUCCAGCUGGUGA